GCUACGCUCAUGUAGUCCUCGAGGUCCGGACCCUGGUAGCGCUCCUCUUCAGUUUCGGAGACACAAACAUUCUUGCAUUUGGCACGAGUGUUCAGCUCCGACAAGGAACAAUGAGCUCGGGAAUAAUCAGCACACCCCAAACAGCCAUGUAUGCUUUCCAUCCACAAAGUUAUCCCCUCUCUCCUUGGGUUUGGCCUACUCGCGGAGUCGUUCAUGGACGGAAUCUCAAGUCAACUAGGAACACCGAAUCAUAUCCGUACCAUUGCAGAGCAACGUCCUCUGACUUGGUCGCCCGGAUUCGAAACCUAUGCUUAUUCCACCUUCCUAAUAACCAUUCUAUGCAUUCAACACGACUCCUCUUUGACUCUCCGCUCAGUUCUAUGUGUCGCUCAGGGAACGUAUACUUCUCCUCAGUCUCACCCCGCAAUGCACCGAAUGGGUGAACAAUUUAUGUAUCGGAUACGGCGCGGGAAAAUGUUUCUACAAGAGAUUGUCGACUCAAGACCUGUACCCUGGACCAACCACCCGAGUAUCUGCAUCGCUUCGUCAGCGACGGCACAUAGGUGUCGGGAAGAGGAAUUUAACGGAGAGCAUCCUAAACAAAUGCAGAGGGACUGAAUAUCUUGGCUUGCUCCCUUGUCUCCGUU